UUUUGGGUUCAACUAGCAGUCUCCUUUGGCUUCCUCUGUUUCUUUUCUUUUUUCUAAUUUACUCUCUCUCUCUCUCUCUCUCUCUCUUUCUCUAUCUCUCUCUCUCAUGGCCAUGCAAAUCGGAGCCACUCUUCCAGCUCUCAACCUUAACCUUUUUCAGACAAGAAGAGCAAGCUUCAAGUGCCAGAUGUCUCCCUUAAACCCUUUGAGAAAACAACAACAACAGCAACAAUCUUCUGCUUCUUCUUCUUCUUCAAUGGCUCUGAAACCGGCUCUAACGGAGUCGGCGACCCGUUUACACCUCGCGAACCUAGAUAAGCUCCUUCAGAAGGCACCACAACCACCAAGCCAAUACGACCCUCAACCGGUUCUUAAAGACCCGAAUAAUAACAACAAUAAUGGGAUGGUUGAAACCAAAGGAAAAGGUUUGCUUGAAGGGCUCAACUUGGCUCGGCUCUGGCCCGAAAUGAAAGCCGCCGAGGACAUGUCGCCAAGACAUUUGAACCGGCUUCAGCGGCUUCUGUCCAAGACAGCUGAGUAUUCGCCAAGGAAUAACCUUGGAAGCCGCUGGAGAGACUAUCAUGGUAGGAAUGAUUGGGUCGGACUGCUUGACCCGCUUGAUGAGAAUCUUCGCCGCGAGGUCGUUAGGUACGGUGAGUUUGUUCAGGCAGCUUACCAUGCUUUCCAUUCGAAUCCCGAGACAUCGCCCGACGAGCCACCGUUGCCGAAACAAGUGGCGUUGCCGGAUAGGUCGUAUAAGGUGACGAAGAGUCUCUAUGCUACUUCCUCCAUCGGGUUGCCCAAAUUGGUGGAUGAUUUGGCUCCGGAUCUCGGGUGGAUGACCCAGAGAUCCAGCUGGAUCGGAUACGUCGCGGUUUCCGACGACAAGAGGGAGAUCCAACGGAUGGGGAGGAGGGAUAUCGUCAUCGCACUCCGCGGUACCGCCACGUGUUUAGAAUGGGCCGAGAAUUUACGGGCACAGCUGAUCCAAAUGCCCGAAGAAAAUCAAGACCCGACAGCCCAAGGGAAACCCAAAGUGGAGUGCGGUUUCUUGAGCUUAUACAAGACACGUGGAGCUCACGUGCCGAGCCUAGCCGAGUCCGUUGUUGAAGAGGUCAAGAGGUUGAUGGAACAAUACAAAGGCGAGACAUUAAGUAUAACCGUGACAGGCCACAGCCUUGGUGCCGCCUUAGCCUUGCUAGUAGGUGACGAAUUAAGUACAUGUGAUGCCGAUGUGCCACCGGUGGCGGUGUUCUCCUUCGGCGGUCCCCGUGUCGGUAAUCGGGGUUUUGCCAAUCGUAUUAAGGAUAAAAACGUCAAAGUGUUACGAAUUGUGAACUCUCAAGAUGUGAUCACUAGAGUUCCAGGUGUUUGGGGUGAAGAACUAGAGGCAAAGAUAAGGAACACCAAAAUUGGAGGUGUUCUUGAUGUGCUAGACAACAACAUGCCCUUGGCAUACUCGCAUGUUGGGACCGAACUUAGGGUGGAUACAAAAAUGUCUCCUUACCUUAAGCCCGACGCAGAUGUGGCUUGUUGCCAUGACUUGGAGGCUUACUUGCACUUGGUGGAUGGGUUUUUGGCUUCUAAUUGUCCAUUUAGAGCUAAUGCUAAGAGAAGCUUAGUGAGGUUGCUACAAGAUCAAAGAUCUAAUGUGAAAAAAUUGUACACAAGCAAGGCGAAAACCUUGAGUUUGAAACUUGAAAGGGAAGGACGACUUCCCUUCUCUAGUUGUUUACCUAGUCCAUCUUGAUAAUUAUUUCAUAUACUUACUUGAAAAUAGCACAAAUUUCUUGUACGAAGUACUUGAAAUUAUGACAUGUUUAUGGGACGUUAUUUUCUUUC